AUGGAGUCUGGUGGGGCUGAUGUGUUGGUGACAUUCCAGGACGUGGCUGUGGACUUCACCCCGGAAGAGUGGGAGCACCUGGGUCCUGCCCAGAAGGAGCUGUACCAGGAGGUGAUGCUGGAGAACUACAGGAACCUGGUGUGCCUGGGCCUCACCGUUUCCAAGCCAGAUGUGAUCUCCCAGCUGGAGCAAGGGGAAGCCCCCUGGAGGCUAGAGGGAGGCAGCCCCAGGGGUAGCUGCUUGGGAAACAUCAGUGAAUGCAGCCAAGCUGACGACCCCCCCCCCCCCCGGACCCAGCGACCCCAUGACAAGGACUACAAGCACUUAAGAAAGGAAGCCUUUGUCUCUCCUCAGAAACAGUCCUCGAGACCUAACAGAAUCCAUACAGGAGAGAAACCUUAUGAAUGUAGUGAAUGUGGAAAGGCCUUCCGCCUGAGCACAAGACUUAUAGAGCAUCAAAGAAUCCAUACAGGAGAGAAACCUUAUGAGUGUAAUGAAUGUGGGAAAGCCUUCCCCCAGAGCUCAAAGCUUACUCGACAUCAGAGAAUUCAUACAGGAGAGAAACCUUAUGAAUGUCAUGAAUGUGGAAAAGCCUUUUGCCAGAGAACAGGACUUACUCAACAUCAGACAAUUCAUACAGGAGAGAAACCUUAUGAAUGUAAUGAAUGUGGGAAGGCCUUCCGCCAGAGAACAGGACUUAGUCGACAUCAGACAAUUCAUACAGGAGAUAAACCUUACGAAUGCAAUGAAUGUGGGAAGGCCUUCCGUCAGAGAAAAGGACUUACUCAACAUCAGACAAUUCAUACAGGAGACAAACCUUAUAAAUGUAAUGAAUGUGGGAAGGCCUUCCGUGACAGCUCACAGCUUAUUCGACAUCAUCGAAUACAUACUGGAGAGAAACCUUAUGAAUGUAAUGACUGUGGGAAGGCCUUUGCACGAAGCACAGAACUUAAUGUACAUCAGACAAUUCAUACUGGAGAAAAACCUUAUAAAUGUAGUCAAUGCGGGAAAGCCUUCCGACAGAGUUCACAGCUCACUCAACAUCAGACAAUCCAUACUGGAGAAAAGCCUUAUAAAUGUAAUGAAUGUGGGAAGGCCUUUCGCCUGAGCACAGGUCUAAUGGAACAUCAGAGACUUCACACCGGAGAUAAGCCUUAUGAAUGUAAUGAAUGUGGAAAGGCUUUCCGCCAUAGCUCACAACUUACUCGACAUCAGAUGAUUCAUACUGGAAAGAAACCUUACGAAUGCAAUGAAUGUGGAAAGUCCUUCCCCCAGAGCUCACAGCUGACUCAGCAUCAGAUAAUUCAUGCUGGAGGGAAACCUUACAAGUGUAAUGAAUGUGGAAAGGCCUUCCCCCAGAGCUCACAGCUUACUCGUCAUAAGAGAAUACAUACUGGAGAGAAACCUUAUGAAUGUAGUGAAUGUGGGAAAGCCUUCCGAUUGGGGACACAACUUGCUGUGCAUCAGACAAUUCACACUGGAGAGAAACCUUAUAAAUGCAAUGAAUGUGGGAAGGCCUUUCGUCUGAGCAAAGGACUCAUGGAACAUCAGAGACUUCACACCGGAGAUAAGCCUUAUGAAUGUAAUGAAUGUGGCAAGGCCUUUCGCCAUAGAUCGCAUCUUACUCGACAUCAGUUGAUUCAUACUGGAAAGAAAUCUUAUGAAUGUACAUGGAGGGCCUCUCCAGCCCUUGUCUCCCAAGUCGGGGGCGCAGCACAGGCCUUGCUGAGCUCAAGCUCUCCCACAGGGAGGAGAAGCGAAGAAAAGGCGGCUCAGGACCCUCGAGGCACCCUUCCGAGCCGCAGUUCUUCAGACUGGCAGCUCCUGAGGUGA